UCGAAGAACACAAACAUUAAGAAUGCGCGCUUUUAUCGUACUUUGCCUGGUGGCUGUAGCCUGUGCCGAUAAAUUGGGUUACAAUUAUCAACCAGUUGGACACUCUGACGGUGGUUUGUCAUUCACUCCUGGUUCAGGUGUUGGUGGAAGCCUAAGUGGUGGAAGUCUCGGCGGUGGUAUUGGUGGUGGAAGUCUAGGCGGUGCUUUAGGUGGUGGAACCCUAGGUGGUGGUUUAGGUGGCGGUUUAGGUGGUGGCGACUUCGGUUCUUCAUCGAAUGUAGCUCCCUCAUACGCUCCCCAAGGUGAUUUCUCCUCGGCUUCAAACGAUGCUCCCUCAUACGCUCCUCAAGCUGAAUUCGAAAAAGAGUUCUUCACUUACACCGCCAACGAUGAAGAUUUCCAUGAUCCCGCUGCCUCCAACCAAUUGGCCAACUCUGUGAAACAAGGUCUCCGUGUUGUUUUCAUUAAGGGUCCUGAAAACCAUGGCUUGGAAGAUGCUGCUGUUGCUUUGGCCAAACAUGCUGCCGAUCAAAAGACCGACAUCUAUGUUCUCCAGAAACAAGCUGAUCUCAGUGGCUUGGCUAACAAAUUGAACACCGCCAACAAGAACAGCAACAACAAACCCGAAGUUCACUUCGUCAAAUACCGUACCCCCGAAGAUGCCGCCAAUGCUCAGAAUGCGAUUCAAGGUCAAUACGAUUCUUUGGGUGGUAGCUCUAAGUCUCAUGAUGGUGGUGUUGCUCCAGUCUUGAACUUUGCUUCUCAAGCUCCCGUCAGCCACAGCGGUGCUUCAUCUGCUCCUGCUGCUAGCUAUAGUACUGGUUCCUCAGUUCCAGCUGCCAGCUAUAGUACUGGUGCUUCAGUUCCUGAUGCUGGCUUCAGUGCUGGUGCCUCUGCUCCCGCUUCUUCGUACAUUCCUCCCGCACCUGUUGCCGAUGAACCCAGCAACACUUAUUUGCCAGCUUCUAUUCUUCGUCUUUUCCGUCUGUAAGAUAACGAAACUAAAUAAAUAAUCAUUGUUAUUGUUGUUAAAUGUGUAAUUUUACGAAAU